AUGGUCCACUCGACCUUAGACUGUUUGUUUGAUGUCACAAACAUUAAACGGGCGAGUGUCAGGAUGUUUAUUCAGCGGUAUUCCCCGUAAAUCUGUAAUGAUGUUUCAAAUCAGAAACCAGUUUUGAUAGUUCUAUGUCCUGGCUGAUAGUGCUAUCAAGAACAAUUAAUAACAAGCCAUUAUAUUAUCUACGUAUCGAUAAAUUAUCACUAGAAGCAAGAUAUGGAAUUCCUACGUACUACUGAGUACUAAAAACCAAACCCGGUGAGGGAGGCGAUUAUACUACAUACUAUGUUGAAACAUGUUUGCAAUACCAGUGAGAUAUUGAGAUGUGCAUUCCUUUAGAAAACUGUUGUUUCUGUGUCAGUCUGGAUGUGGGAGCGAAAAUCAUCUCGAUCGUUAACCUGGCGGGCUCUACGAUUGUCCUCAUGCUGUACGGCACCGCCGCCAUGCUGCCUCCGCCAGUCGAGGAGUCCAGGAAGAUCGUGUACGCUGUUAUAGCAUCCGUUGCCAUGUUCGAGUUACUCAUAGGGUGUCUCCUGGUCUAUGGAGUUUUUGGGAAGAAGCCGUCUCUAAUCCUCCCGUGGCUGGUCUCCUGCUACGUGUUGGUGCUGUCGCUGGUGUCCCUGUCCGUGCUGGGGACGCUCCUCAUCGUACUCCAGUUCGUCCAGAAUCAAGAAACCAUCAAGGAAGUCAGCACCAUGGUAGCUUUCUACUUCGCGGUGGCCGUUGUUCUGUAUUGGUUCGGUUCAGUGACAAACAGCCGGAGACACCAGAUACUCGAAGGAUUCCACACGGGGUACUACACGACGCACGGCCUCUUGAAGGAGUACCGUUUGUAAUUAUCAAUUAUGAAUUAGCUUUAAUAGACAAGAAACUACAAAGAAAUAAAUGUGCAAAGACGGAUGAGCGAUGAAUAUAGUUAACCAAUUUUUUUAUUAAGUAGUCAAUAAGUAUAUUCAGAUGUAGUUCUGAAUGUGGCAACACUAAAUAAUAUAUUUGACAUAAACUAGUUUCAUUGGCCGUGUGAAACAAUUUAGAGUUGACAACAAAAUGUUUUGUCAAAAGAAAUAAAUUAUAUACGAAUAAUGA